CUGGACAGAGGCAGAGAGAUAGGAUAUUUCAGGCAGGGGCGAGGGAGAGAAAAACGUGGGAUCUGGAGAAAUAAAGUCGCUCUCUGCAAACACUGCCAAUGCCAAUCAUGCAGGGCAAGAGAUCGCAGGGAGUUGUGCCUAUCUGCUCUAUGGCCAGUAUCUGCCAGGGCCACAAAACUCUCAUUUAGCAGAUCACUGGAGACUUACAGUUGGGUGACACAUAGGACGCAAAAGGGAAAAAAACGGCUUUUGAUGAUAUUUUCACCCACUCAACAUUGCUGAGUAAAAUGUGGAGAUGUGGGGGUGGGAGGAUUGCCCCCUCUGCCUUGGAUUUAGUGGCUGUCAUGCAGAGAAGGAUUGGGGAGGAAUUGUACAAUGACUGAGCUGGGCUCUAUGGACAUUAAGGGUAUUAAUCUCUCUCCCCACCUCUCUUUCUCUCUGGCCUUCUCUGAUGGAAAGACAGCUCCUGACCGCUGUGUCACCUACACAGUAGGAGCAGACUAUGUUCCCCGGCCCUUAUUGUUAGGCUAAGCCGAGGUCUACUUAUUUAGUGCGACUUAUUUAGUGCGACUUAGUUAGCGCUUACCGGGUUCUGCAGAACUGCUCUCAGAACUGCCGGGUCUGGUGGCGACUCACCGAACCUCUCACGUUGCUCAGCUAGAAUUAAGUCAGACUUGUCCAACUGUGGGCACUAUUUCUGCUGGCAUUCUUCAUCCCCUGUCCUGGCAUUCUUUAUCGGGGCUGCUCUGACUAGAAGCUCAGGUAUAACCCCCUGGGCCCACCCCGCCGACCCUUCCCACCUGUUGCUGUUCCUGCCUUGGGUGCACCCUGUCUCCCAGCAAUGAGGAUCCUCACCUUCCUGGUCGGCCUGAAGACUCUGUGGGUUUUGGCCUUUUCUUCUCUGUCCAACACCAUCGCAGUGAAUAACAGCGGGAAAUGGUGGGGGAUAGUGAACGUGGCUUCUGCAGGGAAUGUUCUUCCUGGGUCAGACGCUCAACCUGUUCCUUUGGUACUGGAUCCUAGUCUGCAGCUUCUCAGUCGGAGGCAAAAACGUUUAAUUCGCCAGAACCCAGGAAUCCUCCAGAGUAUAACCCGAGGCCUACACAGUGCUAUCCGAGAGUGCAAAUGGCAAUUUAGGAACCGGCGCUGGAAUUGCCCCACUGGAACUGGAAACCAAGUGUUUGGAAAGAUAAUUAACAGAGGCUGCCGAGAAACAGCUUUUGUAUUUGCCAUCACCAGUGCAGGAGUAACUCAUUCUGUAGCUCGCUCGUGCUCAGAAGGUUCCAUUGAGUCUUGUUCAUGUGAUUACCGAAGAAGGGGUCCCGGAGGCCCAGACUGGCACUGGGGUGGAUGCAGCGACAACAUUGAAUUUGGCCGGUUUAUUGGAAGAGAGUUUGUGGACUCCAGUGAGAGAGGGAGAGACCUGAAAUACCUGGUAAACCUGCACAACAAUCAGGCUGGCAGAUUGACAGUGCUAACAGAGAUGCGUCAGGAGUGCAAGUGUCAUGGAAUGUCAGGAUCCUGCUCCCUCAGGACGUGCUGGAUGCGGCUUCCCCCUUUCCGCUCAGUUGGGGAUGCUCUGAAGGACCGUUUUGAUGGAGCCUCUAAAGUCACCUACAGCAACAAUGGCAGCAAUCGAUGGGGUUCCCGCAGUGACCCGCCUCACCUAGAACCAGAAAACCCCACCCAUGCUCUGCCAUCAUCCCAGGAUCUUGUCUAUUUUGAGAAGUCUCCUAACUUCUGCAGUGCUAGUGAAAAGAAUGGAACUCCUGGGACCACUGGGCGAAUAUGUAACAGCACUUCAUUGGGACUAGAUGGAUGUGAACUCUUGUGCUGCGGUAGAGGAUACCGGAGUCGGGCGGAAAAAGUCACUGAGCGUUGCCAUUGCACAUUUCACUGGUGUUGUCAUGUGACCUGCUUGAACUGUACUAGCUCUCAGAUAGUCCAUGAGUGCUUGUGAUACCCUCACCUAAACUAAUCCAAUAUCGGGUUGCCAUCAGGUGGCGCUGCAAUACAGAAACUGGUAUUGUUGUUAUGUGUCUAUAAGUGACAAUAGGAUUGGCAACCUCAAAACCAGAAGAAAGCAGGGGACACACAGUACUGAAAAACACCUUAUUUAUAUGCCUGUUGUAAUUAGAAGGGCAUAAAACAAUGCAAUAAAAACUUGCAUUACCCACAUUUCCUUUAUGGCACUGAAAAUGUAAGCGAAAAAUAUUUCAUUCUGUCAUUACUCUUAUGGGCAGAGACAUUGUUGGAUGGAACUAAGAGGAUGGGACAUUCAUUUCACCAGACUAAGUGUAUAACCUAUUACUCCACUGACAACUUUAAGAUAUGAUAAUGACUCUGAAUUCACCAUCCAGGUAGCACUGAUAUUCCUGCUGUAGUUGAACCAUGACAUUUAGCGCACUGACUUUUAAAUGUUCCUGCAUAACCUGCUGGUGAAUCCCCCAUAUUAAAAGUUGAAACAGAAAUAUCACAGCACAUUAACUGUAUUUCACAAGGUGCAAACUGGUCAAGUGACUAAAUGACCUCUCACUUGGAUGAUUAUGGAGGCUUUUGAGAAUACUCUCUUCUUAGAUUAGAGGCCUAGUCUGACUGAAAGCCUCCAGAACCAUUAAGCUCAGUACAGCACAAACCUCAGCAUCUCUUUCACUGACGUUUGAUCAGGUCUCAACCAUGACAUGAGUAUCUGACAAUGACAUCUGGACUUUGCAAUUCUAGCUGUUGCUUGAUUUGUUAUUGUGAGGAUUAGCUUAUAACCAUCAGACUCAUGACUGGGGCUAUGGCACAUAUGGGUUUGUUAGGAUUUGCAUUUACAGAAAUAAUAGGAACCGUUGCAUUUCUCUUGCCAAUGAACAUAAUCGGCAAUGCUAUAAGUAACCCACAGCCUGCAAAUAUUUCCUGAAACCAUGGAUGUACCUGUGGGGGUUUAAUAACUGUGGGCCAUGGUUACAUGCAUUGUUUUCUGCUGCAGUGUCCUGUGAUCUUUCAACAUUGCUAAUUUCUUAAUGAAAAGUGCUGGCCGAUCACAAUGUCACUUCGCUAUCAGCCUUGUUAUUAUUUAGUAACACUUUCACAGAUAUUAUAGCCACAAAUCAUAUAUUCUAUAAGCAGGAUUACUGUACCAAAUUCUCUAUCAGAUACAUAUUGAAACAGUUUCAACAUGUUUUGUAUAUACAUCAGAGAUAUCCAAACUACAGGUACUUAGCUGUUGAUACACUGGAGCCCCCACUAUUCUACCAAUGACUGAACCUGUAAGGGAGUUCAGAGAGUAGAUUAAUGGCUAUCAACACUGCAGGUUUGAUAUGUCUAAACUCAUUUAUGUCCCCUAAGAUUAAGAAUCCAUAGCUUUACUAAAGAACCCCAGGAUCUCCAAUCUCUCCUUUAGACCCAGAAAAAUACCCUGCUGAGAAUAAUAUUAAGAUCUUGCUGUACACAACAAAAGCUAUUCUGUGCACUUUCUCAGUUGGAAAAAGAAUGAGAAGCAGGUUUAUUAAUUUAUAAGUCAAAAACUCAAGGAGUGAAAAACUCUGAUGGCAGCUUACACUGAAGCAUAGGGAGUCAUAAACACUUAUGCAUUUAAAAAGUGGCACUUUUGUAAACCAUUAUAUUUUUUUUCUUCCUACACAAACUGGACAAAUGCCAUGUCUACGUACUCUGAAGAUGGCAAUUGUUUUCUAAACAUUCUUAUGAUAACACAAGUAUAUUCUAGACUUUUGACCUCUACUGGAUACCCAGAAAACAUGACAUGGAGUCAGGGUUGCAUGUCUGUUCUGCAGGUCAGAGGCCCCUCCAGCUGUCCCAACUUAAGAACCACAAUAAACAACAUUGUGACUGAUUCCACUGUAUCCUAAUAUUGUGGAUAACACAUAUAGCUUAUUAAGGCACAGUUUGUCUUGUAGGUUUACAUAGCAUAGUGGGAACAGUUUCUGGUUAAUCUCUACUAGCACUGACAGCCUGGCUGAUGCAGUCUUUGCCAGCACACUUGUAACUGCAGUGCUGGAUUUAUAUUAUUGUGUAAAAGUGUAUGAGGGUUGAUGUUUGUGUUGUCUCUGUUUUAGGCUGCUUCUUUGCAUAAUGUAAAUGUGGACGCUACCAUUCUGCCUGAAGUAUUCUGCACUAUGAAAAGUAAUGCCUGUUUACACUGUAGCCAAAUAUCUUAUUUUCCUAUUUUUAUACAGUAUCCAGAUAUUCUUUUAGUCAGAGGUAGGCUCUAUAUUUUUAGAUUUUAUGUAUAAUGGCUGUAUAUACAGUAUUUUGUUGUAACAUGUGAUCUUGUAAAUAAAAGUAUUUAUUUUGGCUUCUUAA